UUCAUAUCAUAGUCAGAGAGCAUAUUUAUUAGGUUUUAGAAUGGGACGGUGCAGCGUGUGUAUGGCAUUAGAACUACUGUUUGUCUGCUAGGGACUCCCCAUUAUUUAUCAGUCUUCUAGCGGUACAUUACUUGCGAUUCUCCUUUGUCAAUCUCCUGCCAAUAGACUACUUGGGGUUUAUCUUUUAUCAAUCUCCUGCCAAUAGACUACUUGGGAUUCUCCCUUCUCAAUCUCCUGGCAACAGACUACUUGGGGUUUAUCUUUUAUCAAUCUCCUGGCAAUAGGUUACUUGGGGCUCUCCCUUAUCAGUGUUGAUACUAUAGACCACUUGAUGCUCCCCAGUGUCUCCUUGCUAAAAUACUUAUAAGUGUCUCCUUGUUACAAUAAACUGUGGGCUCUCCCUUAUCAGGGUUUCCUUGCUAUAGACUACUUGGGGCUCCCCAAAUCAAUCUUUUGCUGUGUGGAUUUCCUACAAGAUUAGCUACUUAUCCGUACACACUGGAUAUGUGCCAUUUCCAAUGGGCGUUUGUUUCAGCCUGCUGAAGGCCCUGAUUACCUGGUGCAGACUAGCACGGACCUUCACUGGCUUCUCAUUAGUAGUAAGACAGUGUACACAACCUAACCUCAAGGAAGAGGGGCACUCCUCUAAUGAGAUAUGGACUCCCGGCUCAGGACCCCUAUCUCCCAGCGCCCCCACACCUGGAUGGACCUGAGUGAGGACAGCUGGUCCGGCGGCACACGGCUGAGUCCUGAGAAUUCCUUCUUCCCCUGUCCGAUCAAACAGAGCCCGGGCACCUCUCCGCCACCUUCCCCCUGCUCCCACGUUGGUUCCUCCGAGUGCCUGCGGAGUGAGCCAGACAGAAGUCAGCAGAACAUUUCCACAGAGGGGAGGCCAUCUGCCUCCUAUCACCCGCUUGGCCUCUCCCACCCGGAGGAUCUCAUCUUGUUUAGGGACUUGGAUCACAUUAACAAGCUUGUUGUACCCAACCGGGAGCCUCGCUACAGCAGCACCCUGCCUGAGCCGCCUUCUGGGGACAUGUACCAGACACUUACUAUAACGGCGGCGCAAGGGCCUCUCGGCUAUGACCCCUCUCCGGGCACUUUCAUGCACUCCGCUGCCAGCUCACCAGUCUAUGUGCCCACUAGCAGGGUAGGCUCCAUGCUCACAAGCAUCUCCUACUUGCAGGGCACCGGGGCAUCCCAAGGCACCCAUUCAGUGAACAGUCACUGGUCACAGGCAACUUCCGAGAGCUCGUCAUACAGCAGCAGUAGCCCGCACCCCUCCAGCCGGUACCACUACUCCCCCAGCCCGCCUAUGGCCAAUGGAUCUACCCGGGAUACAGGCUACAGCAGCAGUCUCGCUGUCAGUGGCAGAGACCAGUACGCCCCACUGGCCAGACCACUUAAUGGAUCCUAUGGAAGCCCUUAUACACCUUACAUGACCCCCCAGCUAACAUCUGCCUGGCCUGCUGGACCCUUUGACAACACUAUGCUUCACAGCCUGCAAAGCAGAGGAGCACCAAUCAGUGUCAGAGGGGCCCCUGGAGAUGUGUUGGACGAGCUUCCAGAAAGCCGAGAGUGUGUUAACUGCGGCUCAGUGCAGACCCCCCUGUGGAGACGAGAUGGCACCGGUCACUAUCUGUGCAACGCCUGCGGACUGUACAGCAAGAUGAAUGGACUGAGCCGGCCGCUCAUCAAACCUCAGAAGCGAGUGCCUUCAUCAAGGCGAAUUGGACUGGCAUGUGCAAACUGUCACACCACAACAACGACAUUAUGGCGCAGAAAUACAGAAGGAGAGCCAGUAUGCAAUGCCUGUGGCCUGUACAUGAAACUCCAUGGGGUGCCGCGGCCACUUGCUAUGAAGAAGGAAGGUAUUCAAACCAGAAAGAGAAAGCCAAAGAACCUAAACAAAUCCAAAUCUUCAUCUAGUAAUGGUAACAGCAGCCACCACAUUACCAUGACUCCAACUUCAACAACAUCCUCCACAAAUUCUGAUGACUGCAUAAAGAAUGGUUCACCCAGUCAAAACACAGCACCUGUAGUGACUUCAUCGCUGAUGUCUGCUCAACAAACUGGGAGUGCCAGUCCAGACAGCAACAUACUAAAGUACACAGGUCAAGAUGGGCUAUACUCUGCAGUCAGUCUGAGCUCAGCCUCUGAAGUCGCAGCCUCUGUCAGACAGGAUUCAUGGUGUGCUUUGGCCUUGGCUUGACAGCCCUUUAUAUAAUAAAGCUGCAUUGGCACGAGCCUAGCCUUUCUGACUUUUGCACAGCUUAGUUUGUGCUUUUUGUUCCUCCAAAUCAAACCUAGGCUGGACAGUUCUGGACUUUCCCUUUUGAAUAGUUUGGUUUCUAGACAAGGUUGUGUCUACAACAUUUAACUUGAGGUCCUCACCUAUGCAAGACGAAUGAAAGUGAGAGAACACAUCUUCCAUAAUACAAACCGAAAGGGGACACCAUCCAACAGACUUUGCCUAAAUAGCUUUAAUUACAUUCAGGAUAUGCCUUAUUCUCCAGCAAGAAUUGUAGUAUGCUGUCCUUUGGAAGGAAAUGUGACCCUCAUACUGUUACUUCCCAGAUGACAUGCUGUCUCUCAACUGCCUAUACAUAUACAUAGAGCGACAAUCUCAGUUCUAACUGUACUCUGCUCUGAAAGCAUCUCAUCCCUCCUCGUGUGGCUAGGAACGCAAGUUCAACCUUUUAUAUAAUGUGUUGCAUUUAAUGCAAUUCUUCAGAUUGGGAGCAAUUUCCCUGUUGGCUUCAGUUACUACAUACUGUUUAUGUGUGCCUUGGCAGAGAGGCCAAAAAGCAGAUCCUUGGUAUAUAUAUAUAUAUAUAUAAUACAAGUCCACAGUUUUCAUCAACAGGGGCUGGCUGGUAGAUCUCUAACAGAAGGGGAACGCAUCGAGACGACACACUCCAACCCAGUGAAUUCGCAUAAUACAUGUCAAUGAAAACCAAACACGUGUUUCCAAAUGAGUGCUCUCCAAUAUCAGUGUGAAUUUUAAAUAUUUAUUUUUUUAACUAGAAAACUAUUCCACCCAGAUCUUGCACUAACUAGUGGCUCUAUUCAAAGCUGGGUGCCAUUUGUGUUUUAAAUCAAGUUCUACUACGUGCUGUCACUGAUUCUGAGAAAACACACUUUACAUUUAUAUACACCACAUAUUAUAUUGCCUCUCUUUGUAUCGUAAUCCUAUAUACACCUGUAGAUUAUCACUGUCUGUAACAUAGGCCAGCCUUUGGGACCAAGUUUACGUACUACGAGCCCGAUUAUUUGAAGACUAUUAUUUCCAAUGUUGUGGGUAAAUAAAGAUUACAAAUCAUGUACCACACUAUAUUAAAAUUUUAUCCAGCUGGCCCAAUUUUUUUUUCAAUACAAUGGCAUUUUAGGCAGUGUUUGACAAUCAAAGACAGAAGAAAAAUAUUUGCUUGCAAUUAUGCCUCAUAGGCCCAUGGAACACUUGUCCAAAACCAGCCAGUCCCUGUGAAUCACCUGGGAACUUGCAGAAGUUUGGAAUCAUGAACAGAAGUCCAAUCAUGCGGCACACUCUGCAGAACAUUGUCUGCUUUGCCCAACUCACAGAAAUACCAGCAUACAGGCAAAGGUUAUUGGUUAUUGGAGUUGAUACAAUUGACUGUUAUGUUCAGUCUCACUUUGCAUACAGGGUAGUGAACGAUACUUUUUCUUCCACAUAAAACAAUAUUUUUGUAACGAGAAAAAGUGCAAUUUUCAUUGCGGCAAUCAGUGUUAAAUCAUUUACAUACGAUUUAACAACUUUUUGUAAUGAAUGUAUACAUUUUAACUUAAUGGUACUUUUGUUAAUUUAAUAAUAAUGUUAAGAUGGCAUUCUUAGAAAUUACCACUUUGUGACAGGCAUGUGAUUGCAUCCCCACCCACCCCUCCAUGAACAAAUAUUCUCAGGAAAGUGGUUUAAUAAAUAAAUCAAGAGACCCACUACCUAUCAUGCCGUUAGCUUUAAAAAGAACACCUUUGAGAAGUUUUCAAUUCUGUACAGUUAGUAAGUCGAAACCCCACCAUUGUGUGACUGACAUUGCUAAGUUGGUUUUACAUUUUUAUAAUGGGAUGUUGUUUGGAACGUUGCCAUAACAGAGCUUUAUAAAUAAAAAUGUUAUUGUUUUUAC